AGAGAGAUUGAAAAAAUGUUGAGCAGUUUUAAUGAAGUCACUCGAAAAAUAUCAGGGAAUAAAUAUGUACCUAUAUCAUUAAUAGUUCCAUUAAGCACUGGCAUACAGCAUUUUUUAACCAGCUGCGUGUCAGAGUUGACAACUGAAGAAGGCAAAACAUUUUGCAACAAUCUUUUAAUUUCCACAAAGCAACAUUUGUAUCCAUAUGAAUCUCGUACAAUUACAAAAAUUGCCACCAUUUUGGACUCGAGGUUUAAAAAGGAAGCAUUUCAAAGCCCAGAAAAUGCUGCAAAUGCAUCUUUACUUUUAGAGCAAGAAAUGUAUGGUUUUCUCAAUAAAAAUGAAAAUGUGCUAACAGAUAAAAAUGUUGAAAGAAACUCCAAUGAUGUCAAAAAUACAUCAAUAUUUAGUUUUUUCAAAGAAAGGGUCGACAAUAAGGUAAAGUCCAUUCAAACAGACGUGAUAAUAACAAAGAGGCAGUAUUUGGAAAGAAGUAAUGCCCCAGAAGAUACAGAUUCUUUAACGAUUUGGAAGUUUUCAGGUCAAGAUCUACAUCCAUUGGGUGAGCUAGCAAAACAGUACUUCUGUAUCCCUGCUACAUCAGUGGAAAGGACAUUUAGUACUGCAGGGCAAAUAGUUAGUGAUCGCCGUUCCAGAUUGAAUCCGACAAAUGUGAACAUGCUAACUUUUCUGCACAAAAAUUUGACAUUUGAUUCGGAAUAA